UGGAGCCCUCAGACAUCAGCUCCUGCAUUUUAGGAUAUUUCAGGAUGCAUAUUAUUAGCAUGGACCAGUUUUGUUUCCCCUCGCUUUUAAAAAAGGCAUUGGACAGACAGCAGUAGAAAGGAUGCUCAUUCCAGACUCUCAGAUGAUUGGAUUUAAUCAAUAUACUGUCACAUUGUCAUUUUUGUUGAUGUGGCUAUGGUUCUGCUCAGGAGGUCAAGAUUAAAUCUGAAAGGAUUAAAAUGGUGACUAAAUCCAAUGAAGACUGCUUGGAUAUUAAUAUUCUUUUGUGAUUUUAAAUUGUAUUUUCCUUUGAAGAACUUUUUCUCCUGAAUGACUGGGUGACUAGAGACAUUUUUAUAUCCUGGGGAUACAGUGAUCCCAAGUUGUGCCAGGAAAUGGAUCAGUUCAUCACUGCUGACUCACCAGUGGGACAUGAUGUCGUGCAUCAUUGCAUGGCUUGUGGACAAACUAACCAUAAAUUGCCAUCCUGAAAAAUGUCAUGAAAACAGACUUGAAAUAUUUAUUUCAUUCCUAAUAUCAAAUGGUGACAGUUUUAGAAACUAACCAAAAUCCGUCUGUGUAAAUUACACUAAGAAUUUUAAUGACUUUAAAGUCAAAUGAAUAAUAUGUUGGUCCAUUGUAACAUCAUUUAUGAUUUUUUUAACAUGACAUCAGCAUAUUUUGUUGAAAGUUGUAAUAUUUAGCCUCUACCUCCUUGGUUUUUUUUUUCUCUCUAAACUGCAAACUAAACUUUUUUUUUUUUUAUAAAUAGUCAUUACAGAUUAAAUUUACUCCAAAUGCGAUUGUAUCGGCACGGAUUGACUAUAUACAGUAUAUUUCAUUUUUAAAUUUAGACUCCUUGUUUAUGAUGGUGAUUGCACUUGUCAAUCAAAUGGCCUAACCCUGUCAUCAUGAGACCUUAAAUCGCCCCCCCACCCCCCAUUAUUGCUUAAUUUCGUGUGAGAUUCUCCCGUAGUCAAGGUGAAAGCUGAUGUUAUUUCUUGAAUUUUUAUAACAUUUUAGUUUAUUUGUGGAUGAACCACAAGGGCUUUUGACUUUAAUCCAAUAUUGUUUGGAGCUGAAUUUCUUUCUGGAUUCAACUGCUCACAUCUUUACAUUUGCUGGGCUGGCACGACUACAUUAAACUUAGAUAGCCCUUUCACGUAAUAUGGCUGUGACUCAUCUUGAGCUGGAGCUUUCCUACCAGGGGAACAAGUUACGAGGUGUGACGUGGAAGCUGACACACUCGGAACAUGGUUUUCUACCAGAGAGCUCGUGUCUCAUUGCGCUUCAAGUUGUGGUGCCAUUCCUAGUGUCAGGCCUCGGACUGGUCUUUGCUGGUAUCGUCAUGGACCUGAUACAACACUGGGAUGUGUUCAAAGUAAUCACAGAGGUGUUUAUCCUGGUGCCUGCGCUGGUUGGACUCAAAGGAAACCUGGAAAUGACCCUUGCAGCACGCCUCUCCACUGCAGCCAACACAGGACAAUUGGAUGACCCGAAUAAACAGUGGACCAUGGUGUGCUGCAAUCUUGCACUAAUACAAGUUCAAGCGACUGUUGUAGGCUUUCUUGCAGCUGUUGCAGCUGUGUGUUUAGGAGCAAUUUCUAGAGGGGGUAUUGAAUUUAACCAGGCAGCUGUUCUGUGUGCUAGUAGCAUCGUCACCGCAUUCGUGGCUGCUCUUUCUUUAGGCUUGCUGAUGAUUGGAGUAAUCAUCGGGUCCAGGAAGGUAGGAAUCAAUCCAGAUAAUGUGGCCACCCCCUUAGCUGCCAGUUUGGGUGAUUUGAUCACUCUUUCCCUGCUGGCAGGGGUCAGCAGCACCUUGUAUGAAUACAUAGAUACAUGGUACCUUUCUCCCCUUGUAUGUCUGGUGUUCCUGGCUCUUAUCCCAUUGUGGGUUCUUGUGGCCCGUCAGAACCCUCAGAGUAGGGAAAUUCUUUGCUCAGGAUGGCAGCCUGUUUUAAUCGCCAUGUGUAUUAGCAGCCUUGGAGGCGUAAUACUGGACAAGACGGUCAGUAAUCCCAACUUUGUGGGAAUGGCUGUGUUUACACCAGUUAUUAAUGGCGUUGGAGGUAAUUUAGUAGCCAUCCAAGCCAGCAGACUGUCAACCUACCUGCACCUUUGGAGCAUCCCAGGAGUGUUGCCCUUCAAGAUGCGGCAGCAUUGGCCAAAUCCCUACAUGACAUUCUUUUCCUCAGGUAUGAACUCCAAGUCAGCACGUGUGCUGCUGAUGCUGGUUGUGCCUGGUCACCUGGUCUUCCUCUACGCCAUCUUUAUGUUCCAGGGAGAUGAGGUGGCCAUCACCUUAUCAUUUGCUGCUUGCUACCUCUGUGCUGCUCUGCUGCAGGUGGCCAUCUUAAUUUACGCAGCCGAUCUCAUCGUUCGUAUAAUGUGGCGACGUUCGCUGGACCCUGACAACUUCUCCAUACCGUACCUUACGGCCCUGGGAGAUCUGCUGGGCACGGGCCUUCUGGCUCUGUGCUACCAUGUGUCAUUGGUUCACAGUCAGCACCUCUGAAUCCGCUCCUCUUUUUGUAUUAUUUCUGGUACACGCACAGAUGGGCAGUCGGCCGCUAAAGAAUAUGUGUCGGACCGAAACACAGAUGAAAGUAGCACAAAAUGACAUACGCACUGUAAUAAUGAGGGAAAUAUGUCCCUCAUGUAUUUGAAAGCAAAGAGAUAUGCUUUCUUUUGCAUUUUUAACGAUUCAUCCUCCAAUUGGCUGUGAAAAGAAAUUAACCAGUUGGGGGUGCUACAGAGGCAUUCUGCUAAACACCUGCUGAGUUGCAUGUGCAUGACCACAUCACAGCACAUCAACGGUAAGCAAUCCAUCAAUAUGCUUUGUGUGACAUUUGUUUGGAACUCAGUUUGUAGUCCUUUACUGCUCAAGAUUUGAAAAUGUUGCUAACUUGAAGCCUUUUUAAUGUAAUUUACAUCUGUAAAGAUUUAAAAGAAGGUUUUAUUGUCGGUCCUGUUCUUAAUGUACAGUAUGUUGCAUUGUGUAUUCACUGGAGCAAACUGAUUCCCCCGUUGGCACCACAUUAGAUAUAACAUUGGAGAAGAUAAUAAACCAAACUCUAUCAAUUUUUCCUUUAUUACUCGAAGAGCAAGUUGUUGUUAAUUUGUUUUUGCACUAAUAAGAGAAGAGCCACAGCCCAUCUGCUCAAUGUGCCCAUAUGCACAAUAACAGUUUUAACGCUAUUAUUUUGGAAUGCAGGUAAAUCAAAAUCAGCAUGUAAAAAAGGCCAGAUAAUGUGAUAAUAAAUUUCUGUUUAAAAAAAAAAAAGACAUUCAAAAAAUAACAUCUACUAUUGCGGAAAAAAGGGUUUAUUUUUUUCUUUGGGUUUGGACUUGAAAUUCAAUAAUAUACAUAAUAAUUGAGAUACAUCUUAGGAUGCACUAAGGCCACAUCUUCAAAGAUGUACCUGAGAUCAUCGGGGGUUUCUCUCAGUGACCCAGGCAGCGUUGAUCAGACGCCAGCUUGUCUACCAGUAGCAUUACCCCAGAGAUUGCUCCUCCUAAUCCAGAGCCAUUUAGAGGCUCUCUCUGCUGCCUCCAUGGUGGUCUUGGCUUACCUCUUCUCGACACCUGUGAGCCAAGUAGAGUGAACACCUUGCACAGCAAAGCCCUUGCACACCACUUCAAUGGGCUCACAGCGUGCUUUAGCCUCCACUUUGGCAUCGCUCAACUAGCUCCUGGUACUUUGACCGCUGAUGCGCAGUUGUCUCUUUUAUGUGAUCCUCCCCUUUCUAUUAAUAGUAAUUAAUAGUACCUGCCUUGAUGAUACUGAUGUAAGCACGAUUUCUGGCCUAAAUGAAGUUGUUGUAACAUGGACUGGAGAGAUGAGCUGCUUGCCCAAGUCUACUAGUGUACCGUCUUUAGAAGAGGCUUCCUCCUGAGGUGACAGCCAUGCACACCAAUUUGAUGUAGAGUGCAGCGUAUGGUCUGAGCACUAACAGGCUGACCCCCCCACCUCUUCAAUCUCUGCAGCAAUGCUGACAGCACUCCUGUAAUGAGUCACAUGACAUUUUGGAGGGAAAAUGACAAGCAGUACUCAAUUUGGAAAUUUAGGGAUGUACGUAUUUACUAAGGGGUGUACUCACUUUUGUUGCCAAGGCUUUAGAUAUUAAUGGCUAUAUUUUGAGUUAUUUUGGGGGAAAAUAAAUUAACACUAUUAUAUAAGCUGCACACAGACUACUUUUCAUUGAGUCAAAGUGUCAUUUUGUCAGUGUUGUCCCAUGAAAAGAUAUAGAGUACUUAAAUAUCUGCAGAAAUGCGAGGGGUGUACUGACUUUUGUGAUACACUGUAGAUCCCAGUCCACUGCUGAGGGGUGAGGAGCCAGGCUGCUGGUUUGGGCUGUUCCUUUGGCUGCUUUUCGGCCAUGACCAAGCAUAGUAUCCUCUGCCAAGUUGAUGCUUGCUGCUGUUGGGUUUUGGCCAAAAUUAGACAUUGACAUUUACAUGUCAAUCUAAGUUGUAUAAUCAAUUAUAUGUUUAUGUAUAUAUUAGGGCUGUCAAAAUUAUCGCGUUAACGGGCGGUAAUUAAUUCUUUUAAUUAAUCACGUUAAAAUAUUUGACGCAAUUAACGCACAUGCCCCGCUCAAGCAGAUUAAAAUGACAGUAUAGUGCAAUGUCCACUUGUUACUUGUGUUUUGGGGAGUUUUGUCGCCCUCUGCUGGCGUUUGGGUGCGACUGAUUUUAUGUGCUUCAGCACCCAUGAGCAUGGUGUAAUUAUUGACAUCAACAAUGACGGGCUACUAGUUUAUGUUUUGAUUGAAAAUUUUACAAAUGUUAUUAAAACGAAAACAUUAAGAGGGGUUUUAAUGUAAAUUUCUAUAACUUGUACUAACAUUUAUCUUUUAAGAACUACAAGUCUUUCUAUCCAUGGAUCACUUUAACAGAAUGUUAAUAAUGUUAUUGCCAUCUUGUUGAUUUAUUGUUAUAAUAAACAAAUACAGUACUUAUGUACCAUAUGUUGAAUGUAUAUAUCCAUCUUGUGUCUUUCCAUUCCAACAAUAAUUUACAGAAAAAUAUGGCACAUUGUAUAGAUGGUUUGAAUUCCGAUUAAUUAUGAUUAAUUAAUUUUUAAGCUGUAAUUAACUCGAUUAAAAUUUUUAAUCGUUUGACAGCCCUAGUAUAUAUUGAAUGAACAGGUUUCUAAAAGUUUAAAAAACCUUUUUCCAUGCUUCAAAAAUGACCUAUUUUAAAAUCUGGAUGUUGGAUGAAGAGUGACACUCCACCUGUCUCUUCAGAAUUCCCCACAGGUGCUCAGUUGGGUUCAGAUCAUCAGACAUACUUGACCACUGAAGCACUGACCCUGCCCUUCUCAAGAAAUGCUUCUGUGCUGUUGGCUGUAUGCUUGGGGUCAUUGUCAUGUUUGAAAACUGAACAACAACCAAGGGCUUAGAGUAAUUAAUGGUUGCAUCUUCUUGUUUAAAAUACAACAGUAUCUCAGAAUUCAUGAUUCUAUCAAUUUAAGGACUUUACGACUACUAAGACAAAGCCUCCUAUUUGUCGGCAGACUCUUCUAUGGAAAAGCGGGCACCUGCAACAUUAGAUUUCAUUACUUUGAAGCAAGAACUUAUUUGGUAAUUUUUUUUUUUUUUUGUAGUUUUUCCAUUCAUUAAAUUGACCAAUAAAGCAGGAAUCUAAGCUGUAGGGUUACAAUUGUGUCCGGAUUUGAAUGACACUGUAUCGGAAUUGGAACAGGUACACGAAGACAAGAGAUAUAAAUACAGUUGGAGCAAGUUUACAAACACUGCAUAAAGACAUCACAUUUUUUCCCCACUGUUUGCAGUGAAAUCAGACUUAACUUCUCCUGUUUCAAGUCAUUUUGGAUUUCCAAAAUUCCCCGAUUUUUUUUUUUUUUUUUU